ACCACAAGGGGGGAAGAAUUGCAAAAGUGAACCCUUUUUUUUUUUAAAUAUUUGACAGGAUGAACAACACUUACAUGAACAUGGCGUCGAUAGGCGACUUCGACCCGCUCAACCAGUCCAUCCCUGCGACCAAAGUUGAAAUCACAGUGUCCUGCAGAAACCUGCUGGACAGGGACACCUUCUCCAAAUCAGACCCAAUUUGUGUCCUCUACACUCAAGGCAUGGGCAACAAGGAGUGGAGAGAGUUUGGGAGAACAGAGGUGAUUGACAACACGCUAAACCCAGACUUUGUUCGAAAAUUCAUUUUGGACUACUUCUUCGAGGAGCGACAGAACCUGCGAUUUGACUUGUACGAUGUCGACUCGAAUAGCGCCAACCUGUCAAAACACGAUUUCCUGGGCCAGGCCUACUGCACUCUCGGAGAGGUGGUUGGAUCAUUGGGCAGUCGCUCGGAAAAGGCUCUUGGAGGCAUUCAAGGGAAGAAAUGCGGGACCAUCAUUGUGAAAGCCGAGGAGCUGAGCAACUGCAGGGAAUCAGUGAUGAUGCAGUUCUGUGGAAACAAGUUGGACAAAAAGGAUUUCUUCGGCAGGUCCGACCCCUUCCUGGUUUUCUACCGCAGCAAUGAGGACAGCACGUUUACCAUCUGCCACAAGACAGAGGUGGUGAAGAAUACAUUGAACCCAGUAUGGCAGGCCUUUAAGAUUCCUGUGCGUGCUCUUUGCAAUGGUGAUUAUGACAGAACAAUCAAGGUCGAGGUGUACGACUGGGACAGGGAUGGCAGUCACGACUUUAUUGGAGAGUUCAGCACCAGCUACAGAGAACUAUCCAGAGGGCAGAGUCAGUUCAACGUCUAUGAGGUGAUAAAUUCAAAGAAGAAAGAGCGGAAGAAAAAGUACCUCAACUCUGGAACGGUAACACUGCUGUCAUUCCUGUUGGACAUUGAAGUUACCUUCCUGGACUACAUCAAAGGAGGGACCCAGAUUAACUUCACUGUGGCCAUCGAUUUUACAGCUUCGAAUGGUAACCCAGCCCAGCCCACGUCCCUCCACUACAUGAGUCCAUACCAGCUGAAUGCCUACGCAAUGGCUCUGAAGGCCGUAGGAGAAAUCAUCCAAGAUUACGACAGCGACAAGAUGUUUCCAGCGCUGGGUUUCGGAGCCAAGCUGCCACCAGAUGGACGGAUAUCCCACGAGUUUGCCCUGAACGGGAACCCUCAGAACCCGUACUGUACAGGCAUCGACGGUGUGAUGGAAGCCUACUACCAGAGUCUGAAGUCGGUCCAGCUCUACGGACCCACCAACUUCUCCCCCAUCAUCAACCACGUGGCCAGGUAUGCCUCUUCAGUGAAGGACGGCUCCCAGUACUUUGUGCUCCUCAUCAUCACGGAUGGCGUCAUCUCAGACAUGGCCCAGACCAAGGAGUCCAUUGUCAACGCCUCCUGUCUGCCUAUGUCAAUCAUCAUCGUGGGUGUGGGUCCAGCAGAAUUUGAUGCCAUGGAGGAGUUGGACGGUGAUGAAAUCCGAAUCUCAUCCAGAGGAAGAUAUGCUGAGAGGGACAUUGUCCAGUUUGUCCCAUUCAGGGACUACGUCGACCGAACUGGUAACCACAUCCUCAGCAUGGCCCGGCUCGCCAAAGACGUCCUGGCCGAGAUCCCCGACCAGUUCCUCUCCUACAUGAGGACCCGCGGGAUCAAGCCUUCGCCGGCGCCACCUCCCUACACGCCGCCUCCCUACACGCCACCGGGGCCGAUACAGACCGAUAUAUGAGGAGUGGUAGGUGGGGU